CCUAUCCAUUACGUCGCUACUAGUGCAUAUAUUCCGCGUCGAACGUGAUAAUAAUGAUUGUCGCUGGAAGUAUUUUCCAGUUUUGGAUUGCAACGAGAAUACUGUGUAUUCAGUUCUGAUGCGUUCUGAAUGUUUUGAAAACCACUUAAUAUUUCGUCAUAUUUUGUUGAGUGUGUAUAAAGGCCUUUUAUCAUUUCUUUUUUUUUUUUUUUUCAUUCGCUGUCAUCGAACUCUUCCUUUCUGCUUAAAACCGUAUACUGUCAAAUCUGCGUUUGAGUUUUUCUUUGCCAAUGUCGCUUUCGUUUCGUGAGCAAAAAUAUGUUCAAUUCGAAAAAGUGAAUUGGAAUUGCGGUUUCCGCGUAGAAUUAGUCGGUUUUGAAAACUUUAAUACUUUUAGUUCCAUCGCUUUCUAGUGGAUUGUGUUAAGGUGAUUUCAAGAGUGGGUUUUAUGGAAAUAAUGGAGUGUUUACCGGAAACGUUUAACUAGACCACACGCACGACAGAAGAGCUAGGGUAGAAAUAGGCAUAACCUUCCCGUCGUCGUCUGUCAAAAAUUGGUAUUUUUCUCUGAUGAUUUUUGGUGCUUCGGAAAAGAACGCAGAAGAGAAGCAAGGAUGAGUGCCGAAGAGUUUAUUUAUAGUGUGGUCAACAGUGAUAACGUUCCUCAACUUGAUCUGAAUGUGAUUGCCAACACGCUGGCUAGCGUAGACUCGCUGAUUCGGCAGAUCAAAACCCAGCAGGUGGAGAAUGAAAACCUGAAGGAAAAAAUAGCAUCGCUGCGGACUUCCGCUUUGCAGAUUAAGCAGUUAUACGAAGCGGAGGUUGGCAAGAAUCAAGGAAUAGUUAACUGCGAAGAAGAUUACAUAAGGCAACUGAGAGUGCUGGAAGCUAGAGCAACCACGGCGGAAAAUGCUAAGGUUAAUGCGGAACUUCGCGAAAAGGAAACGGUAGCAGAGUUGGAACGGAAGCUUGAGAGUAGUAGAGAACGUUACGAUGCCCUCGCCAUAGAUAUGGUUAAAAGUUGCUCACUGCUAGUUGAUAAUGGAUUGUUACCCAUGGAUCAGCAGGUUAAGUUUCGGGAUGUGAAGAACCAUGUCCAAACUAUAAUUCAAAGUGGACAAGCCGUGCCCGAGGAAAUAGUUGCCUGUUUGAAUAGGAAGAAAUCUUCGAGGAAGAAACGCAAAUCUGAAUGCGAGCUGCGAGAUCAAUCCACAAUGACCGUUGGAACAUUAAAUUGUUCUGUUGGUGUCAACACCAUUGCUGAAUUGCCUUUAAAAACGACAGCUUCCACCUCGACACAUGAUCUAGUGGACGUUUUAUCGGAUGACACUAGCAUCCGAACGAAGCCGUCUCCACUACUGCCAAAGCAAACCUUUGCCGACAAAAGCACCAUGCAUUCGAGUUCAACAAUUACUCGAUCAACUUGUACAUCAGCGUUCAUUAAAAAAGUUGACGUGGGUUGUAAUUUUCCGGAAAUAAUUCCCAAGUCCAUUAAUGAUAUUCUAAGAGAAUGUGUAAUUGAGCUGCCAUCCAUGUUAUCUCCUAUAAUAGAUGAGAUUCCCAUUCGCAAAGAAACGGUUUAUACUCAAACGGAGUCGUACGAACAAAUUUCACCUAAACCUCAAGUGGCUACUUGCGGAACAAACACAAAUUUGCGAAACAUUCGUCGAAAGGUGGAUUAUGUUCGCAAAGUGGAAACCCAUUCGGCCAACCCCUUGCUGGCAAGCAUAAAGAAGGAGGAAUCGAUUUCACCAGCCGGAUCCAUUCAGAACUUGCCAAGCGUUUUCCAUCAGCCGGACGAACUGGUUAAUCCGCAACUGACGCAAAUUUGGGGUUUGCUUGGGGACACGAUGUUUCGCUUGCUUGGUAGCGGCCGCCUGUUCGAUAGCCAAUGCUAUAACACCAUUAACGAGAGGAUGGCAAUGAUCAACAACCUAAUUGAUCCCGAGAGUAGGCGUGGUACGGAAAUGAUGAGCGAAGUGUUUGCUGCUGCAGCAGCAUCUGCCGCGAUGGCAUCCGGAACGGAAGAGGAAAGUGAAAAACGUGUCGCUGGACGACGGCCAAAUCCGGUAGUACGACUGAGUCGGGGGAAAUGCAUGGGGAGCUACGAGGAAGAUGCUGCCGAAAUGAACGAUCCGGUGGAGGAGAACGGACAAGAAUUAAAUGAAAGUAUACCUCUGGAAGAAAAUGUUUCACCCGCCUCUGAUACAGUGGUCAUUCAACUACACCAGCCACUAACAACGGAAUGUUGUUCUCCCGAAAGCGAAGUGGCCUCAGAGCCGGUGGAAAAAUCGACUGUUACUUAUGAAUUUGGCUCGGCAGAUGCUGCAGGUAUUGUUGAAUCAUCAACUGAAACCAAAGAAACACCUGCCUUCACGAAGGAAUCAUCCGAAGAAUUGAACUUCACAAAUUAUCCUUCGACAUCCCUGUCAGAGCUGCCUUCUUAUGCACCAGAAGACGAUACUCAAUUGUUAUCCUUAAUUCAACACACGGAAGAAUCCAACGAUUUUACUGCAUUGAUGGUGUCGAUUGACGAACCACCUGCCCCGGUUGAGUCAAGCCAAACGGAAACAUCGACACUAGAGGAGCAUGACGAAAUUGCCGACGAACUACGACAGAUGGAAGAAGGCAGUGCGCUUCUAAGCGAAACCCUGCCGGCGACUUUCUCAUUCACAGCCUUAAAUAAAACCAGUGAAAAGCAUUACCUGCAGGUAGUUCAUGAUGAGGAUGUAGGCGGCUGCGGUACCGAUGACGAGUGCUGCGAUCAAAUGAUGAUCUCAGAAAGAUCUCCCAGCCGAGCUUCGCCGAGUUCAAGCUGUACGUCAAUCGGAAGCAAUGGUACGUUAAUUUCACCCAUCAAAGUGAAGGAGACCAACGAUCUGGUCAAGGAUCAGUUCAAAACACCUACUAGCCCUGCCAUUAGCAAGCGAAAACUAAGGGAACGGUUGGAGGUUGGUGGUCCAGCGAAGCGAGGUCGGUUAUCGCCCACAACCGAAACGCUGCUGGAAGAUGAUUGGGAUAGAAAAUUGCUUCAUAUAAAGGAUUACUUUUCUCUUCCACUGAGUUUAAAUCCAAUCGAGGACACUGCAUGUCACGUUGAUGUGAAUACUGAUGAUGAUGAUGAUGUUGUUGAUGACGUUGAUUGUGGCAAGCAUGCUGGUGAAUACGAUUUACCCGAUGCUUCCGAUGUUGAGGCACUCAACGAGGAUUUUGUGCAACCGAAACAAGAGUUGAUGCAAGUAAUACACAUCGAUACCAACGUUGGUGUUGCACUUCCAAAUUCACCGGAGUCUCCAGAUAUUGAAGUCUCCACGGUAUUUGCGCGGUAUGAUGAAUUCAAGGUACCGCUUCGAAUCGAUACUGGCCUGACCGGUGCCAGCUGUACGGAUUCUCCGGAAUCACCUACACCGGAGGAUUCUCCCAUGUCUCCAGUUCCUGAUGGCCAAACCUGUAGUUCCUUCCGAUCCGAUGAGGAUUCUCCAAUGUCUCCGCCUCUCGACAGUCGUCGUAUUUCAAUCUACAACGAAACGGCCGAACCGAGGAUAAUUCCUUUAGAACACGUCCUCGCGAACCGAAUGGAAGUUAAUUUUUGUAAUACACCAAUUGGAAGGACUAUUUCCCGGUACAGUACCAGUCGACGAGCAGAAGUGUUGCGUAAAAUGGCUCCCACCAGUGACAAGCAGGAAGCAGCGUUGAUUCGUAGAACAGUCGAAGUGAUUAAGACUUUCAUCAAAGAUGACUGGACGGUAGAUAACGUGAAUCGCCGAAGUGAUGAGCUGUUGAGGGUAACAAACGAUACACGAAUUAUUUCAUUGGCACUCAUUGAAGCUGUUGUCUCCUAUGGAAAUAUGCCGGUGGAUGUCCAGUGCUCUCCUCCGGCACCGCCUUUGCCACGGGUUGUGCAGCAGUUGGUGCUUUUGGCAAUAACAAUGAACGAAUCGCUUGUCGUCCUGGAUAAAGUGAUACUGCACGAGAUCGAUCGGAAACUGUUCACGCUCAAAUCCGACAUGGUGAAUGUGGAUAGCAUUACGGCGAUGACUCACUUGUAUAUCGGAAUGUCCGACUGUAACCGAUCAUUCGGUUGUACGGCCAGAUUGUUCAUAUACAAAUGUUUAUACUAUUUCAAUUUCAAAGGUUUACCUUUGAUAUACUACGUUUUGAAAGCUUUUCCUCAUGCUCUUCCGAAAAAAGGCAGUCCUCAUUACGACAACUCGGAUGCGGUUGUCAGUACUAUCCGGACCGUUCUAAUGAAUAUAAACUACAUGGAGAAAUCCACGACUUCCACUGCCCAGCUGUACAAGAAGGGCGAACUACUCAAGCUACUCAAGGUCUUCUACGGUUAUCAGCCGGGUUCACCAACGUACGGAGAACUGAUAAUCAAUCUGAUAGAAAAAAUCAAAGCCAACAAGCUUCGAAACGUCGACUACUGUCUAAUUCUCGUAGCCAAACGUAAAGGCUACGCUUGGGCCAAUACUCACAUUGUGCAGAAACACCUCUACCCGCUGCUCAACGACUACCUCAAGCAACUAGAAACGAAAAGAACGCUGGAUGAUCAGGUGUGCUGUUUAAUUUUCACCCUAUCGGCCAUUUUCAAAACUCAACCGAACGGUCAGGAUGUGUCCGGUAUGAUACAGAUUCUUGGUAGCAUCAUUCAAAUGACCGAAAAAAAUCGGAAGGUGCAAGAAGCAGCCGUCGCCGCAUUGAUGCGCAUGACACGCUUCGGCUUCGCCGAUAUUUAUGAAUGGUUGUGCAAAUGGUGCCCGGCGUAUGAAGUGAGUGGCAAAAUCAAGCUCAUGAUGACCACAUUUGUACAUCGAAAGGAGGGACGCUUCUGGAAACAACUUAAUAAACGAGAAAUUGUGUAGUCUGUGAUCAAAAUGAAAUCGGUUAAAUUAUUUAUUGGAACGCACGCAGGAAAGCUUACACCAUAGCGGUGUAUUUGAGCUGUACGGAUUGUCCUUCCGUUCCAAGCAAGAUUGAAGUAAGAUCCUGAAGUCAACAAACGCACUGGAAUGAAUGAUUGCGCAUGUGUAUUUUUAUAAAGGGUGAACAAUGAAAGCAAUCAGUUAUUCGAUAUUUGUUUGGAAGGUAAAUUGUAAAAAAUGGAGGAGAACUAGGCAAUAAAAAUCCAUUUAUAAAAUUCAAAACAUAAAA